AUGACUUUCCUCGUCGCUUCAGCUGCUUUUGCGGCCGCUGCGCCCCAGCCUGCUGCCGAGGCAGCCCCCGCUGCUGAAGUCGACACUCGCGAUGUUUUCGGGCAGCUUCAGAAACGUUGCCAGAGCGAUGGACAGUACUGCGACUAUGUUGGUAUUCGCUGCUGUGCUGGAUACUGCUGCCACAACCGGGCCUGUGGAAAGUGUUAA